UGGGUGUAUUACUAGGAGCCUGCAAAAUGGUUAUGCAGGGGAACUUCAAGUUCCACCAGUAUCAGGUGGUGGGCCGCCACCUGCCCACGGCCGCGGAUGCCAACCCGACCGUCUACCGCAUGAAGGUGUGGGCCGAGGAUGACGUCAAGGCCAAGAGCAAGUUCUGGUACUUCCUCAGGAAGCUGAGGCGUGUGAAGAAGGCCAACGGCCAGAUUGUCUCUUGCAACGAGAUUUUCGAGCGCAAGCCCACCCUGGCUAAGAACUACGGCGUGUGGGUUCGCUACCAGUCGCGCACGGGUGUGCACAACAUGUACAAGGAGUACCGUGACGUGACCCUCAACGGCGCGGUUGCCCAGAUGUACCAGGAGAUGGCCUCGCGCCACCGUGUGCGCCCGACGUACAUCCAGAUCAUUAAGACGGCGACUGUGGACUACCACAGCUGCAAGCGCGCCAACACCAAGCAGUUCCACAACGAGAAGAUCCAGUUCCCCAUCACCCAGAAGCUGGCGCGCCCCUCGAAGCCCGAGUUCCGGACGCUGUUCAAGGCCAACCGCCCCAACGUGGCCAUGUUCUAAGCAGCCGGAUUUGGAGCAAUCGUGCGGGUCGCAGUUCUGGCGUGUGUGGGCGCUGGCGUCUAGCCUGGUGCGGGUGGCGUGCGGGCUGUUGGCAGCGGUUAAGGCAGGGAAAGCUGCGCCUUGCCUCCUUCCCCUGCGUGUUGUGCAGCUGCUGGGCAUGUAACGCAUUAAAACUCGGGAAGUGACGUCCGCA